AUGAGUGCUGGUUUCAUUUAUUGGCAUCCUGUGGAGAUAGCCGGAUCUGGGCAGCCUAUUCUAAGGGAAAAUGAGAGGGAUAUUUACGUUGAACAAUCUGUUGGACUAUAUCAUGGCAAAACAAAAAUACUUAACAAGCAAAAGGGCAGAUUAUAUCUUACUUCACAACGAAUCAUCUACGUGGACGAAUUAGCUCCAAAAAAAGAAUCUGUGUGCAUCGAGAAUGAUGAUAUCAUGAACGUAGAAUAUAGCUCUAAGUUCUUAAAGAGAUCAGCCAAGAUUAUAUUAUUCUUCAAAGAAUUAUCACAGAAUGAGGCACCUAUCGAAGAGAAGGGAAAACAAGUGCAUACUACGCAAUGGAACUGUCCUAUCUGUGGAGUUGAAAAUAGAAUAUACUCGACUCUUGAUUCUAAUGGGCUGAAUAUGCCACCAUGCGGUAGUUGUGGUGUUGAGGUUGACAGAGAUAUGGUUCAAAAUUCAAUUAAAACGGUGGUUGAGGAUUUAGAGGAAACUCCAAAGGAGAACAUAUGUCCUGUAUGUACCUUUAUCAAUCAUCCACAGAUUAGAAACUGUGAAAUAUGUGGUGCACGAUUGAAACAAUCGAGAAGGACAUCAAAAGUAAAAGAUUCUAGAGUGAGGAUACUACUCGAGGAAAAGACACCAAGUGGAGAAGAAAGUUUUGCUCAAUUGAGUUUCAGGAAAACUGACGGGGCAUUAUUCUAUGAAACUUUGGUAAAGCAGUUGCAAGAAAUUUCAAGGAAAGAAUCCAAACAUUUAUUUAAUCAAAAUGUUCUCAGUGUCAAUGGUGUUCCGACAGAUCCGGUGAUCGAUCCUGAUCUUGUUUUAUCUAAUAAUGAUAUAAAUUUGAUUGGCAUCACUGCAUUAGAAAAAAAUAAAGAACAACAGCUACUGAAGAAUAAUAUUGUUAUGUCGAACGCACUAAGCGAUUUGAAUAAGUUAAUGGCAUUAGCUGAAGAUAUUGAGAAAAUGUAUCAAGGCAAUCGCAAAAGUAAGAGUAAUGAAUCAAUAUUACUUGUUGAUAGAGAAAAAUAUUUGAAUAAAAAUGUGUUUCUUGAAGAAAUUGCUAGGGAAUUAUACGGAUUUGUGGACUCAGAAUUAAGGGGAGAUAGCGGUAUUAUAGUCACUUUGGUAGAUCUUUUUGCAUUAUACAAUAAAUCCGUUCGAAUUGGAACAGGUCUUAUUUCUCCGGAGGAAAUGAGAGAAGCUUGUGAAAAGUUUGAAAAGCUAGGUUUGAACGAUUUAAAACUUAUAAAGAUUAACGGACGUGUAUUAUGCCUAGCAUUCCAGGAUUCUUUUGAUCAUAUACGAACAAAAGUCUUACAACUAGCAACUAUGAGACCAGGCGUUGACAUUUUGCAGAUUACUACUGAAUUGAAUGUAUAUGAAAAAAAUAACUGGUCGAUGGGCGUAAUAUCCGAGGUUCUACAAUAUUGCGUUGCCGAAGGCAAUCUAGUUAUGGAUGAACAAAUCUCGGGUACAAAUUACUAUUUCAAUAGUUAUUGGAAAGUUUGA